GGGUCGGCCAGGCCUCAGGCCCGUUUCGCCCGUGAAAAUGUGGACCGUUCCGGCCCACCUCUCCCUCUCCUUCCCCAAAACCCCCCGAAACCCUAAUCCCCGAGCUCUCAAACCCUAAUCAUGUCGUGGUCUUCGUUCUCCCCCGCCGCCGACCGCCUCCGCCUCCUCCUCCGCCACCGCCGCACCUUCUCCUCCUCCUCCGCCGCGCCCGACGCCGCCGCCGCCGACGCGGAUCGCAUCGUCGCCAUUUGCCGCGCCGCCGCGCUCUCCCCCUCCUCCCACCUCGACCGCCACGCCCUCUCCCUCGCCGUCUCCUCCCUCUCCGCCUCCCGCUCCUUCGACCACCUCCGCUCCCUCCUCCACUCCCUCCUCCUCUCCCCCCACUCCCCUCCUCGCCACCUCUCCCACGCCAUCGUCCUCUUCGGCCAAGCCGGCCUCCUCGACGACGCCCUCCGCACCUUCCGCUCCCACCCCGACCUCCCCUCCCUCAACGCCCUCCUCUUCGCCUGCAUCCUCUCCCGCAACCACGACCGAGUCCCCCGCCUCUUCCGCGACCUCCCCGCCUCCCACGGCAUAAAUCCUAACCUCGACACCUACAACACCGUCCUCAAGUCCUUCUCCGAGUCCGGCACCUCGCGCUCCUUCUUCUCGGUGCUCGACGAAAUGUCCCGGGCUAAAAUCAAGCCCAACCGGACCACAUUCUACACCGCGCUCGCCGGAUUCUACAAAGAAGAGCGCUUCGACGAUGUGGAGAAGGUUCUGGAGCUGAUGAAGAAGCACGAUUGCCGCCCGGGGCUUACCACCUACAAUGUGCGGAUCCAGAGCUUGUGCAAGCUCAAGCGCCCCGGGGAAGCCAUGGCCUUGCUUAAGGAGAUGAAGGGGAAGGGAAUGAAGCCGAAUUGGGUCACUUACAACCAUUUGAUCUACGGGUUCUGCAAAGAAGGGGAUUUGGAGGAGGCGAAGAAGCUUUACAAGGAGAUGCGGAGUAGAGGGUGUGUGGGGGAUAGCGCGUUUUACUUCACUUUGAUCUAUUAUCUAUGUAAAGGCGGCGACUUUGAGACGGCAUUGGGGUUGUGCAGGGAGACUAUGGCGAGGAACUGGAUUCCGUGCUUCUCGACAAUGAAGAUGCUCGUUAACGGGCUCGUGAGCGCGUCGAAGGUUGAGGAGGCUAAGGAGAUUGUGGAGAAGAUAAAGGAGAAGUUCUCAGGGAAUGCGGAUAUGUGGAAGGAGGUGGAAGAGGCAUUGCCUCAGUAGCUUGAGAGGAUUAGUUUUGUACGCUUCGUUCUUUCUCGCGCUGAACUUGUGUUGGUAGUAUGGAGCCUAGAAUGAUCCAAAGUUACCUUACAUAUGAAUUCUCGUCGAGUAUGACUCUGCUUAUUUCACAUGCUUUUCGUGGAUUAUGUGGAGCCAAAUUUGUUAUAGCCCUCUCGUGAAAGUUUGCAAUGAUGAAGGCCGUUGUGAUGUUGCUGCAGCCCUAACGUUAGUAAUAAGAUUAAUUUUUUUGGAUGUUGUGGGAUGCUACGUGUUCCGAAUUUUUUAAGGUAUCUGGAAUUGCAGUAGUAAUGGUGUAAGAUCUGGAGGAAAAAUACAAAUUGAAGCUACUAUUUUUCAUUUCUUACCUAUCUUUGUUCUGUUUAAUAAAAGGAUAAGUUUGUUCGCUUA